AAAAUCCCGUACUCAAAAGAAAUCCUUAACUUGCACCUGAAUUAUUACUCUUUCUUCUCGAGAUAAUGAGUUUCUGCUCCUCGGUAUYACAUUUGCAAGCUUUGAAAUUGUAUAAUUGUCCUUUAGUUCAAGGUUGACUGUACGACGGACGUAAAUUGGCCUAAGAUUUGGCAGUGUAGUAGUAAUAUUUACAUUGCAUUGAGUAUUGAAGUUCAACUUUUGAAACUCUUCUGUACGUGUUUUGAUAAAACCUCUGAGAUGAUKAACUAGCUAUAAUGGCUGAUAAUAAGAAAGACGAAGAGUUAGAUAAUGAAGUCAAGUAUUCAGAAGCAGUUUCGAGGGAAAGUUCGAACUUGGAAGGAGAAGGAGGAAGUCAAGCCAGCGGGCAAAAUGUCACUGGCGAAGCUGUUCAACGUGAAGAGAGCUUCGCCAAGAAAAAGAAAGGCAAAAAGGCAAAACGCCAAGACGAUGAUGAAGAACCUCUAGAGCGAGGUGACAGCUUCUCUGGACCCAAGAAAGGGAAAAAGAAAGGCAAAGGAGUAAAGAAGAUCAAACAAGUUCGUGUUCCUGACGAAGAAAGUAAACAGAAAGAACAGUUCGAGUUAGGCGUUUUAGAAGAAACUGGCAGACCUACCGAUAAAAAAAUAAAAAUGGAGACUACGAAUAUAGAUAACAAGCUGAUUCAAGAAGGUCAGGAAACUGAAAUAAUUACCCCAAAAGAAGGAACUACUGUCAAGGAUUCURAACAAAACAAGGACGAACGGCUCGAAAGCAGCGGGGACGAGAAGAAGGAUUCGGAAAAGGAAUCUCCAAGCGACGAAGAUAAUACAAUUAAAAUUGUUGCUAAAGAUGAAAAAUCUGAUUCAACUGAGAAACCUGACGGCGUGAAAGAUAGCGAAGGAGAAGAAAUAAGAAGAAGGCCAACGCUUUCAGAGUUAAGAGGUGCUAGCAUCGAAGGAGCAGAGGAAUCGAGAGUGGCAGCGGAGAACUUGGGGUUGGUCGAAGAAGACUCAAAAGACAAAAAGGACCAAACAAAGGAAAACAGUCCUUCAACUGAUUCAGAAACUCAAGCAACUACUACUGAGCAGAAAGAAGCAGAAGUAGUUAUUGAGGUGGAAAGAAAAAUCUCUAAAGAUGCGCUUACAUCCAUUAAAGUUGUCUCUACGAAGCAAACAGAACAAGUUGCUGUGCCUUUACAGCAAGUUACUGAAGAACAAGAAUCUAUCAGUGUUGUUACUAAAGAAGAACAAGAACACAUCGUAGUUCCUAUGGGUGAAGAUGCAGGAAAACCAGAUGAGGAAAAGGCCCUUGAGGUUACUAUAGAAACCACUGAGGAAAAAAUAACAACUGAAAAAACUCAAGAGUUGUCUGCAGAAGUUGCAGUUGAAGUUGAGGCUGCAGUUGAAAACAAAACUGAAUCUUCUUCAGAAGUGACAGCAGGUGAAAAACCCCAAGAAAUGUCGGCAGAAGUAGCAGUUGAAGUUGGGUCUGUAGCUGAUAACUCUGGAUCUCCUUCAGGAGUGAUGGCAGGUGGAAAGGAAGAUAAAGAUGAUGUUAAGGAGGAAGAAUCUGAUGGAAAAACACAGACAUUUUUGGAGUAUGAGAUUGAGGAUGAACUGCCCUGGGCAAUGUACAGGUCACUAGACGCACCUCUCACAAAAAAGGCGCCAGUAGAGGAGGACGAUGAAUGGCCUCAGUCAGAAGAAGAAGAGGAAUAUGAACCACCAACUAAAGAAGAACUCCCAGAUAUAGAUGAACUAAUGGGGAAACUAGAUGGUGGAGAAACCGAACUAGAAACCUCAGCACCCCCUCCGCCUGUCAUCCAGCCUGAAGAUAAGGCACAGCAACAGAAGAAAAUAGAUGAACUAAAGCUUGGCCUGGCUGAAGAAAAGAUAGAUUCUUAUCUGGAUGACUUCGAGAGAAGAAUGGAGGAAGAGAUCUUGAUGAUCGGACAAAUCUCACUGGAAGAAGUUCAGGAAGAAGAACGUCGACUAAGAGAUGAACACAUUUCAUAUCAACAACAAGAAGCCAAGGUUCAACAAGAGAGAAUCCAAGACAUUAUUGCCAGAGAAGAAAGAGCUAAGAAGUACAUAAUGGCAAAACUAAAGGAGAAACGCAAGGCUAUUUUGAGGAGAGAGGAGCAUUUAAUGCAACAAGAUAGACUGAUCCAGAACAGAAUCCACAGAGCCUUCCGCAGAGCAGAAAACCAACUUCUUAAAGCUCUCAAGGCCAGGAAAGGCGAAGUCAAGACUAUGUAUGGAGAUCUUAUCCUUGCUGAUGGUCAGUACGGUGGUAGCAAAGGAAGACGAUGGAAAGUAGACUGGAACCGAACUCCUCAACCAAUCCAGAUCAAACUGAAGUGUCUGAGAGGAGUGAAGGACAAACUACCAGGUGGCCGUUACGUUUUGAUGGUGUCCCUGUACGAUCGUCUGGGUGGACAUGUCUUAAAGUGGUCCAACCUGAAGGGUCAGCAGUGGGGAGGAGCUACUCUCCCUCUCCACCAUGAUGGAGAGUUCUUUAACAUAGAAAUCAAGAUAGACCAAAGUGUGUUUACAGUGUGUCCAGCAAGACCAGAUGUUCGUCCAGGCAUGUGCUUGGUGUUUGAGUUGUUCAUCUUACGAGGCAGCGUCACGGCUACAGACCGCGUGGUAGGAUGGGGAUGCUUUCCUAUCUGUGACGGAGAGUUCAACAUCGUUGAGGGAAAGUACAAAUCCCCGUUCUUAAGGGGUGACAUGGAUCCCAGUAUUGAUAAACACGAAAAGGUGGAGGAGCUGAUGGCUCAGGAUCUAGAGAACUGGCUGUGUAACUUGUACUUUGAGGUCGUUAAGUUACCCAGAUACAUGGCAGGACAGAAGGAGUAUGAGGUUGAGUUACAGUUCACAUCAGGUCUCGUCGGGUACCCCGCACGUACAAACACUGGAGAGGAAUUCAUUGAUGGUGAACAACCGGUGUAUGGCUCUAGGGCUGACCUGAAAUCAUUAGCCUCGCCCACCAGUAGUAGGAGACCUAGCCGUGUUAGCAUGCUAGGUGGAUCAAGUUUUCUCGGAAGCACCAUGGACCUGAAAGGUGAAGGCAAGGAGCAGCUGCCUGGAUCCACGGUGGAUCUUCAGGUUGAAGUCCCAGACCUCUCCACUAUGCCUAAACGAAAACUGUCCUUAGCAGUCCCCGAUGCCAGCACUCUCCGUCGCUCGUCAGUAGUCUCCCAGACACGUCGUAUGUCAUCGGUGUCCACUACCCGGCGCAUGUCUAAACCCAUGACCGUGGCCAUGUCUCGUAAAACGGUAGAAAUGGACAUGUCCUCUGAAGGGUCUGGUACUGACUACUCUGACGACGAAGUACUGAUGUUGAAGAAGGAUGAUGGGUUCAAUCCGGUUAAAGGACAGCCCGGGAUGUAUUACAAGAAACACCACAAUAAUCCCGUAGACGUGUAUGCUAAAAAGAUGUUCACCUUGUUACCCAAGACGCCUCUCUUGACGAGACGAAAGAAGAAGAAGAAGCUGACCCACACAGAAGAACUGGAACAACAUUCUUUCUCUGUCAAACAACCAUUUUCCAACAAAGGGCACAUUGUUCACCGGGGCCGAGAGAAGAUGCAGUAUGUAGGCCGUCAACUGAUGGCCGAGCUUGGCCUCUCCCAAUGGAGGUCCCGUGAGUUUUGGGCCAUGAUGCUGAUGAUCGCGUUCACUUGGUUUUUACGGCUGUACGCGCAUUAUGGAGGACAAUGGUUGUACCUGACUGCUCUGAUUAUACCAAUAAACAAAUUCGAGUUCCUGCCAUACACAGUCAACCUGAACUACCAAACUACAUUACUACACACAGAAGAAGAGAUCGCGCUGGUUAUUCUCGGUCCGUUCACCAAUAUCUUGAUAUUCUGUUUGUUGGUGAUCGCUGCCUGGGCUAUCCAGCGAUUGUUUGGUAUCUUCCCCAACAUCUUCUCUCGCUUCAUCAUGGCGCUAGGAAUCAAUAUCCUGUUGGAUCCCUUGUGGAUUAUCAUUGUUGAUUCCGCUCUGCUGAGGUAUCGUAAUGUCGGUGGAGACCUACCAAUAGGAGACGCAUUCAAACUCUACUGGCAUUUUGAUCGUUACGAGAAGAACGGCGCAGUGGGAAUAGUCUUGACGAUCUUCCUGUACAUCGUGACCCUCUUCGCUUCCUCCACCAUCCUCUACAUGUAUUUCCUUCGUCUCCAUAACAACGGUCGUCUGAUGGACGUCUAUCAUCGUCUGCAUGCAUCAGAAGACGACUUCUUUAUUCCUUAUGACUUGGAGAUCUCUAACGAGGAGCUGAACUUCAUCUGCAAGAAAUCAGAGCAGUGGAGAGGAGAAGAAGGCGAGAGGAGGAAGACAGCGGUUUAUGAUUAUAUUUGGGAAGAAGAACAGGUUGACGAGGCUGAGAUAAACGAAGGGCACAACCAGGCAGGUCGCCGUGAGAUCACCACACACGUGUCAGUACACACCCUUCAUCUCGAUGGACUGAGAGAACUGUACAGACACUUCUUGCGUCUACCAGACGGCGCCAUCGUUGAGGUAUUCAAUGAAAUCAACCUUGCCGGCAUGGAUGAAGGUAUCAAACAGGCUCUCAUCAAAGGAACCACCUAUCAAGCAAUGGACAAUACCACUGCUUCCAAGACCAGCCUACGAUCACGUGGUCGGUCAUCCUCCGUGGUCAGCGGUACGUCAUUCCGAAGACCUUCAGUGCUGUUGGAAGUACCCAAGGCCGCGCGGUCAUCUUCACCCGUCUAGACCUGAAAACCACCAUUUUUUGCAUGUGGAAAGUAAGCCUGAUUUGCCCUUUUAAUAUGAGUACGGUGUGUCUUAGUUUUCGAAGGGGUUUGAUAGCCUUAUGUGCCUUCUGGUGCGUAGCGGCUUAUUCACUACUCUUAAUUAUACCAUAAUUAUUUCUAGAACUUGUCGGCUUAGCCUCGAAUCCAGGAGUUGCUUGUUUUGUUAUUCUAAUUUCUGCUUUUGUUUUCUACUUCAAAAAUGAGGCUAAGCUUGCACAUUCUAGAAAAUAAUGGUAUUUUUAGGAGUAGUGAAUAAAGUUUAAAAGUGUAUUGAUUGACUUUCACAGUGAUACGAAAAGUGCUCUAAUUAUGUUGGUGUUUCAAGUGUGAAUCAGGCCCCAAUGUAUAUAUUUUUUAUAUAGUUUAUUUUUACACUCGGUGAUGUCCAAAGACAGCCUCAGGUGCGGAUCUAGGGGAGGGGUGCAGGGGGUGUGCACCCCUCCCUGGUUCGACUUUGUGCCCCUAUUUCGAAGAUAACUAAUACUGUUUUUUGGCAGCAAUAGUAGUACAAGAGGGGGAUGGGUGCGGAUAAGCAGCUACACAUCCCGAGGGGUAAUAGACACAAGACAAAAUAUUUAAACGGCGAUCAUUCGCUCCCAUUUUUUCACRUCAUUUCAUUUCCAUUUUAAAAUUGAGGCUAUGGGGAUAUAAGAGGGGUAUUUAGGCGAUUAAUCCCUCCGAGCCUCGACAUGAAGGUUCUUAUUCUUCACUGUCACUAGUAGCAACCAUUCCUGUGACUAUGGCAACGCACAUAAUUGCGUUCUGCUCACACGAUUAGUAGAUAUUUUUCUAUUUUUGUAUAAGUAUUUAUUUUUGUGCUUCGUAUUUCAAAACAUUUAAAAUAAAACCAUCAAUGAACACCAA